AUGUCUUCUAUUGGCAGUGGGUAUGACCUUACUGCAUCUCAGUUCUCUCGAGGUGGAAAUGUUUUCCAGAUAGAGUAUGCCUGUAAGGCGGUAGAAAAUAGCGGUACAGCCAUUGCUAUUCAAGGUAAAGACUGUGUAGUUUUUGCUGUGGAGAAUAUUGUCACAUCAAAACUUUACGAGCCCGGUUGUGUUAAACGGAUUUAUAAUAUUGAUGACCAUAUCGGGAUGGUGGUGAUGGGAUUUCAAACUGACGCUAAGGCAAUCGUUGAGGCAGCCAGAGAAGAAUGCGCAAAUUAUCGCAAUAGCUUUGGAAGCCGUAUACCUCUCUAUUCUCUGACGGAACGACUGGCUAUGUACAUGCACGCUCAUACACUUUAUAGUGCGGUCAGACCAUUCGGUGUAUCAGUUUUGCUUGGUUCCUAUGAAAACGAUGGUCCUCAUUUAUUCGUGAUAGAGCCUUCUGGGCUGUCUUAUGCUUAUUUCGGUUGUGCCAUCGGAAAAGCCAAACAAAAUGCAACAACUGAAAUAGAAAAACUGAAGAUGAAUGAUCUGUCCCCAGAAGAAUUGAUCAAGGAAGCAGCCAAAAUAAUUUAUACCGUCCAUGAUGAAAUCAAGGAUAAAAAUUUUGAACUGGAUCUUAGUUGGGUUGGUGCAAAUACAAAGGGUAUACAUCAACCUGUUCCUCGCAAACUCUUUGAUGAGGCGGAGACAUUCGCCAAACAGGCUUUAGAAGAAGCUGAUGAUUUAGAUGACGAAGUAGAAUAA